AUGUCCCAUUUCGUGCCCGUUGCAGGGUUCAAUCAUAGUCUUGAAGGCACCACCGUUGUUCUUCCCUCGGUGUCUAUAGGAAACAUCCCGCAAUUGGCCAUAGACCUCUUGAUCCAUACCCUUGGGUUCCAAAAGAUAGGCACCCUUGAUGACAGGUACUUGUACCCGUUUGCCUCACCAGUCGACCUGGUAGACAAGGCGCUGGUGGGAGUGUCCAAUGCCAUUGAGGUGUACUACAGCGAAACCCACAACUUGGUGGCUAUCCAACAGCGUUCUCCCAUCAUCCCCAGUUUUGUGGAGACCUACGUCAGUGAGAUCGUGUUGCCCUUCAUCUUGGGCCACAAGUUCGCCAAGGUGUACGUGUUGGACUCCUCAGAUGCUGGGCUUGUGGAGAACGUGGUCCAGGGCAGAAUUGACUCUUACACCAGUGCCGACUUCUUGAACCAGUCGUUGGAAUCGUUAAAUUUAAACAACCAGGAGCCUUUGGCUGCUCCCUACAGUCACCUGUCGUACGUGCGGUCCUUGGUGAGUAUACCCAGAAAGGAAGAAGGCUUUUCCUCGCUCGACAUCAACGUCUUGGUCACACAUGUCUACGAGGGUGACAACUUCGGCGACGGAGAAGCCUUAGCCAACGAGUUGAUUAAUGUCUUGGGAUUGGCAAAGGUGGCCAAGUGGAACCGUCCUAUCAGUUGGUUGGGAGUGUACGGGGACAAGCCCGUGCCCAUUGCCAUGGAACAAGGCUUGUUCGGUUAG